AUGCCUGACUGCACAUACGCAUCAUCGCCCUUUGACCACCCAAAAGCUGAUAUUAUCCUGCGGUCCUCAGAUAGGGUCGAUUUCCGCGUCUUCAAGCUUUUUCUCGCCCUCGCCUCCCCGCUCUUCGAGACUAUGUUUGAACUCCCCCAACCAACAGCAGUUGGGACGAGUGAUGAUACAAAGGAUGGUCUCCCUGUCAUUCCCAUGCAGGAAAAUAGCAAAAUAUUAGACACUUUCCUCAGAUUCUGCUACCCCUCCACAUUAGCGGAAGAUCCCUCGCUUGAUAACCUGAUAGACAUCAAAGCUAUCAUCGGGGUUGCGAAGAAGUAUUCGCUGGAGCUGAUAGAGAGGAGGGUCUGUCAGGCUCUAGCUAGCCCCAAGGUCCUCGAGGCAGAGCCUCUUCGCUGCUUCGCAAUCGCCCGGAACGCACGGCUCAAAGAUGAGACUAUCAUCGCUGCCAGAUACACCCUACGACAACCCUUGAUUCCCACAUGGUUACCAGAGAUCGAUAUGAUCACCGCAUCUGACCUUCUCGCUCUGCUCACGUACCACAACAAGUGCAGCGUUGCAGCAGCGUCAUUGCUUGCCAACUUGGAUUGGAUGACGAACUAUUAUAGCAAUCCAAGCGGUUGUGAUUGGUUGUUGGACACACGGCAAACAGACUAUCGGGGAAAACUACCAGAUCCCCCCUGCAGAUGUGCACGGAGUGGUGAAGCCAAAUUCCAGUUGUGGAAAUCUGCUCCGUUCUCUUGGUGGACUACUUAUAUGGAAGAAACAUUCGAGUUAUUGAGGGACACUCCUUCUGGCGAUAUAGUGAGGUCGGAGGCAGAAAAGACGAUACAGAAGGUCAGAAAAGUGGGCUGUACCAAUUGCUCCGCCCAUGUCAAGGAGAAGAUGGAAGAAUUCAGCAACUUACUUGCCCUCAACGUCGAUAAGGCGACGGCUUCGAUUGAACUAGAGAUUGACCGUGACUUCAGACUGCCACCUAUCAAGGGUCCCGGCAACUACAAGCCCACAACCCCGCCUUCGUUUUUUGGGCAGGAAUAG